GGCAGGACGCACAGGGAAGCAUUCCUCUCAUAGUUUAGGAACAUCUCUUCAGCGUUCACGUACAUCAGAUCUGUUUGAUAAAAGGGAUCAAGUCUGGAAGGGAGAGCUCACUGGCAGUUUUGCCAAUUCUGAUCUGUAGAGACGGUUUUGUGAAGAUGUGGAAGUUCUUUGCUGCUGUGAUCUUUUGCGUUACUCUGGUGUCAGCUUCAUGCCCCACAGCCUGCCAGUGUCCUCCUGAUGUCCCUGUAUGUGCAGCAGGGGUGGCUCUCAUGCUCGACAGCUGUGGAUGUUGUAAGGUCUGUGCAAGGCAGCUCAACGAGGACUGCAGCAGAACUCGACCCUGUGACUCUGCGAAGGGACUAGAGUGCAAUUUUGGGGGUGGAUCUGAUGCAGCCCAGGGCAUCUGUCGAGCUAAACUGGAUGGGAGAAGCUGUGAGUUCAACAGCAGAAUAUAUCAGAAUGGAGAGACCUUCCAGACAAACUGCAAAUAUCGAUGUACCUGCACGGAUGGAUACAUCAGAUGUGCCUCGCUUUGCAACCGUGACCUUUCAAUGUAUGAGGUGGGCUGUGCCAAAUGGAAGAAAGUUAAAGCGAAAGGAAAGUGCUGUGAACGGCUCAUCUGCCUCAAGGAUGCAAACACAGGAAGGUCUCUGACAAGGAAGCACAGACAAAAGUAUAAUAAUGAUGCAUCUGAAAAAGACUUUUCAAAAAUCUAUGAGCGUGGUUAUGUUCGGAGAGGAGAAUUAAGAGCUUCCAGGAAUCAUACAAAGAGGAGCAAGAGUGCAAAAGUAUCCCAAUGUAAGCUUCAGACCACAGCCUGGUCACCCUGCUCCAAAUCCUGUGGUCCCGGAAUCUCCUCCAGGAUGACUAACAACAACACUGAGUGCAAACUAGUGACUGAAACUCAGACCUGUGAGAUCCAUUCCUGCAAAAAAACUCCCAACAAAGGUACUCCCCUAACAUCGGCGAUUUGGUUUAAGGUCGUAUCCCCUCUACUAUUUCCACAAGUUUCCAACUUUUUGUCUCACAGAGUGCUGAAAACUGUAACAACCAAGGAAAGGCCUUUCAUGAGGUUCGGAUGUCAUUCGGUGGCUGUCAUAGUCUGAAGUCAUUCCAACUAAAACACUGUGGGUCCUGCUCAGACAGGCGAUGCUGCCGUCCUCACAGGACCCAGACUCUAUCUGUCAGUUUCAAAUGCAAAACUGGAAGGAGGAAGGUGGUGAUGACUGAGUCUUGCUGGUGUGAUUUCGACUGCAUUGAGGGGAGCAGUAACAGACACAGUCUCUAUGGACGCUUUAAUGGCAUGCAGAAACUACAACUGUGAAUAGGGAUCCUAAUUCAAGUGGAAAAAUGAUCAGAAUUUGCUUUAUGGCACUGGAGCCUUGUAAUUUGCUUCUUUCAUGUUAUGAAAGUCUUUUUCUCACAACUCUAUUUUUGCCUAUUUGUUGUUCUAGCUGCUUCUUGUUAUUUUUUUUAAACCUGCCUAAAAAUGUAGACUUAUAAUUUUAUUG